AAACAAAAUCGUUCGGAAUCAUCACGUUGGACUACGGUAGCAAGGAGACGAAAAUGCCAACUCUUUAGACCAAGUACAGUGCAGGCCAAGGCGCCACUUCAACGGCAGGACGCUGGAAGCUUGAGUCAGAGCUCCUGCCUGACCCAGCAAGCAAGUGAAGCUGUUUCUUUGUGCAUUGGGGCCCGUCUUAGAGGAAUGCUUGCCUUCCGCUCGCUGAAUUUGUCUCCACAUCCGGAUCCGAUGUUGGAGCGCUGAAAACAGCAACAUUCGAAAUUGCUCAGUUUUCCAGCCAGACACAAUGAUGGAUCCUGCGCCUCCAGCAAAUGCAAACGUUGUGGCAGCGCAACAGUACACAGCCGGCCUGAACAGGCAAUUUCAACACUUUCUUGAUCGAUCAGUCCCUCAUCAUUACUACCGAUGGAUAGGCUCUCUCGUUGUGGCGCUUGUGUACGGUGUUCGGAUGUACUAUAUUCAAGGCUACUACAUCGUCACAUAUGGCCUGGGAAUUUACCUCCUAAAUCUCCUGAUAGGGUUUCUGUCUCCACGCAAUGAUCCUGAGAGCGAGGGGCCAACGCUGCCAUCCAAGGACACAGAUGAAUAUAAACCCUUUAUCCGGCGGCUACCAGAGUUCAAGUUCUGGUACGCUGCAACGAAAGCCUUCGUCAUCGCCUUCUUCAUGACCUUCUUCCCCAUCUUUGAUGUCCCAGUUUUCUGGCCAAUCCUUCUCAUGUACUGGCUUGUCCUUUUUGUCCUCACGAUGAAGAGACAAAUACGGCACAUGAUCAAGUACAAGUAUGUGCCCUUCUCAUUUGGAAAGCAGAAAUACGGCAAAGGGAAAAGCGUUGUUAGCGCAACGAGUGGUCCAUCUAGAGCCGACUAGUCUGGUAAGCAGCGUCAGUUGUUUCUGAAAAUUCUUCGGAGCUCACUAUUGAUGAUGCCAAGCAUUGAGGCAUUCAAAAUGACGUUUUGCAACUGGUCAAUGUGAGCUUUGGGAGAGGAGCAAUGUGUAAAGGCGUGCAACAUCCCCUUGAUUUCGACCUUCCAUCAUAUCGAACUUUGACGAAGACUGCGGUGG